AACACCAAUAACACCGACACCAAUACCUACAUCAACAUCAAACCAUCACCAACAUCACCACCACACUAUAUCACCGACGCUUGAUCAUCGCGACUUUAUUUCUACGAAGCCUCAUCCGUCGUCGUCAUGCCCACCCCAAGCAAAUCUUCCGCCUCCAACAAGGAGAAGGAUCGGCGAAAAUCCACUGGCAAGACUACUUCACUCGUCACCUUGCGCGUCCCGUCGCUUAAACUUCGCAAGAUUCUUGACCCAUCAUCAAUCAAGGAAGAGUCACCCGUAAAGGAGUCUGAUACCGCGUCGACGGCUCCCAUCGACCAAGCACCAGCCGCGUCAAAUGGCGACAAUGCUUCAGCGUCGAGUCCCGGCACACCGGCCCCUGUUGGAACACCGUCGCAAGUGCCUAUGGGGCCUCCGACGGAAGCACCCAAGAAGAAGGGCGUAAAGAGAAGUGCAGCAACAGCAAAUGGAUCCGACCCGACAGCAAAGAUCAGAGGCAAGCCUGGUCCCAAGAAGAAGCCUAGACUGGAGGAUGGUACCAUCGAUCCUACCGGGCGAGCCAAUGGAGGCACCUACCAUAAACUUGGACCGAAAGCAAACCAAGGAGCAAUUAAUGCCGGACUUCGCGCACUCGAUCGAUCCGGCGCGCCUUGUCGGAAGUGGAACCGAGGAGGCUUCAAGCUGAAGAGCUUUACAGGCGUCAUCUGGGAGAUUCCUCGUUGGACCGCACCGCCCAAGCCCAAGCCUCAACCCACCGCGGAGGAGCCCGUCGCCUCUACGGAGAGUAGCAACAAGGAGAACAAGGAAGACAGCCAGAUGAAGAGCGAGAACAGCAACAGCCAUGCCGACGGCGGCGAACAGCGAAGCAUCCCGCCAAGUAUCAAUGCUAGUUCACCGGCUCCUACCCCUAUUGCUGCCGCCUCCUAGACAGAGAUUCACCCAAUCUCCCAUUUCUUAAGAGAGCCUUUCAUGAGGACUACAUUCUUCUGGCCCUAUCGGUGGUCAUUUGUAUUUCAUAGGGGUUUAUGGUUUCAGGUUGAGAGAACCAAAAAAAGCACGGCGUUGAGGGUUGUGUUUACGAUGCUAACUGGGAGUUGAUCAUGAAUCACAUUGCUCUUACCUAGAG